CGCGGCCGCAGAACCAGCGGUCAUGUGACUGGGAAGAUGGCCGUCUUUCCGUGGCAUUCCAGGAAUAGGAACUACAAGGCUGAAUUUGCAUCAUGCCGGUUGGAGGCUGUGCCACUGGAGUUUGGAGACUAUCACCCAUUGAAGCCCAUAACUGUCACGGAGUCAAAGACAAAGAAAGUGAGCCGGAAGGGAAGCACAUCUUCCACGUCCUCCUCGUCCUCCAGCUCCGUGGUGGACCCGCUGAGCAGCGUCCUGGAUGGGACCGACCCCCUCUCCAUGUUUGCAGCCACUGCUGACCCUGCAGCCGCGGCGGCUGCCAUGGACAGCUCCAGAAAGAAACGUGACAGAGAUGAUAACACCAUCGUAGGAUCUGAUUUUGAGCCUUGGGCCAGCAAACGAGGAGAAAUCCUUGCCCGGUACACUACCACAGAAAAGCUCUCUAUUAAUCUGUUUAUGGGAUCUGAAAAAGGCAAAGCCGGGACCGCCACAUCCGCAAUGUCGGAGAAGGUUCGGACCAGGCUGGAGGAGCUGGAUGACUUUGAGGAGGGAUCCCAAAAGGAGCUGUUGAAUUUGACUCAACAGGAUUACGUGAACCGCAUAGAGGAGCUUAACCAGUCGCUGAAGGACGCCUGGGCCUCGGACCAGAAAGUGAAGGCUCUAAAAAUAGUCAUCCAGUGUUCAAAGCUUCUUUCGGACACCAGCGUUAUCCAGUUCUAUCCAAGCAAGUUUGUCCUCAUCACCGACAUACUCGAUACAUUUGGAAAGCUCGUGUACGAGCGCAUCCUUUCCAUGUGUGUGGAUAACCGCAGCGUCUUACCAGAUCACUUCUCUCCAGAGAAUGUAAAUGACACGGCCAAAGAAACAUGCUUAAAUUGGUUUUUCAAGAUUGCUUCCAUCAGGGAGCUCAUUCCGAGAUUUUAUGUCGAAGCAUCCAUCCUGAAGUGUAACAAGUUUCUCUCUAAAACGGGGAUUUCGGAAUGUCUGCCCCGACUGACAUGCAUGAUUCGAGGGAUCGGAGACCCGCUGGUGUCAGUGUAUGCCAGGGCCUAUCUCUGCCGGGCGGGAAUGGAAGUGGCUCCACAUCUCAAAGAAAGCCUAAAUAAGAACUUCUUUGACUUCCUCCUUACGUUCAAACAGAUUCACGGGGAUACGGUCCAGAACCAGCUGGUGGUCCAGGGAGUGGAGCUCCCAUCCUACCUCCCCUUGUACUCGCCCGCCAUGGACUGGAUCUUCCAGUGCAUUUCCUACCACGCCCCCGAGACUCUGCUAACCGAGAUGAUGGAGAGAUGCAAGAAACUAGGUAACAAUGCCUUGCUGUUGAAUUCCGUGAUGUCAGCUUUCCGGGCCGAGUUCAUUGCCACGAGGUCCAUGGAUUUCAUCGGCAUGAUUAAAGAGUGUGAUGAGUCCGGUUUCCCCAAGCAUCUCCUUUUUCGUUCACUGGGGUUAAACUUGGCCUUGGCUAACCCUCCUGAGGGUGAUCGACUUCAGAUUCUCAAUGAAGCUUGGAAAGUUAUCACUAAAUUGAAGAAUCCACAGGACUACAUUAAUUGUGCCGAAGUGUGGGUAGAGUACACCUGCCAGCAUUUCACGAAGCGAGAAGUGAACACCGUCUUGGCUGAUGUCAUCAAGCACAUGACUCCAGAUCGAGCCUUUGAAGACUCCUACCCUCAGCUUCAGUCAAUAAUUAAGAAAGUGAUUGCCCACUUCCAUGAUUUCUCAGUUCUUUUCUCAGUGGAAAAAUUUCUGCCAUUUCUGGACAUGUUCCAAAAGGAGAAUGUGCGGGUGGAUGUUUGCAAAUGCAUCAUGGAAGCUUUUAUCAAGCAUCAGCAAGAGCCUACCAAGGACCCCGUCAUUCUGAACGCCCUUUUGCACGUUUGCAAGACCAUGCAUGACUCUGUGAAUGCACUCACUCUUGAGGAUGAGAAAAGAAUGCUGGCAUAUUUGAUUAAUGGAUUUAUAAAAAUGGUUUCCUUUGGCCGUGAUUUUGAACAACAGCUAAGUUUUUAUGUUGAGGCCAGGUCGAUGUUUUGCAAUCUGGAGCCUGUUCUUGUGCAGUUGAUUCAUAGUGUGAACCGGUUGGCAAUGGAAACAAGAAAAGUAAUGAAAGGAAAUCAUUCCAGAAAGACGGCCGCAUUUGUCCGGGCCUGCGUUGCCUACUGCUUCAUUACCAUUCCCUCCCUGGUGGGGAUCUUCGCCCGCCUCAAUCUCUACCUGCAUUCUGGUCAGGUGGCCUUGGCCAACCAGUGCCUCUCCCAAGCUGAUGCCUUUUUCAAAGCUGCUAUAAGCCUCGUUCCAGAAGUUCCAAAGAUGAUUAAUAUUGACGGAAAGAUGCGGCCAUCGGAAUCGUUCCUUCUGGAAUUCCUCUGCAAUUUCUUUUCUACUUUAUUAAUAGUUCCGGAUCAUCCUGAACAUGGGGUCCUGUUUCUUGUUCGAGAGCUUCUCAACGUGAUCCAGGACUACACCUGGGAGGACAGCAGUGAUGAUAAAAUCCGCCUCUACACCUGCGUCCUGCACCUGCUGUCUGCCAUGAGCCAGGAGACCUAUCUCUACCACAUAGACAAAGUCGACUCCAACGACAGCCUCUACGGGGGGGACUCCAAGUUUCUGGCUGAAAACAACAAGCUGUGCGAGACGGUGAUGGCUCAGAUCCUGGAGCACCUGAAGACUCUGGCCAAGGACGAGGCCCUGAAGCGCCAGAGCUCGCUGGGCCUUUCCUUCUUUAACAGCAUCUUGGCCCAUGGGGACCUGCGCAACAACAGGCUCAACCAGCUCUCCGUCAACCUGUGGCACCUGGCACAGAGGCAUGGCUGUGCGGACACCAGGACCAUGGUGAAAACCCUGGAAUACAUCAAGAAGCGAAGCAAACAAGCAGAUAUGGGUCAUCUGACUGAGCUGGCCCUCAGACUCCCUCUGCAAACGAGGACCUGACCGCAGGCCCGUCCCCAAGGCCACGCCCAGGGGCUCUGGUGUGAAGUCCAGAGAGACCUACUUUGCUUUUUUAUUUUAUUUUUACACAUAUACAAAUUGGUUUAAGCUUUGGCCUCUCCCCAGAUUAUUCUAACAGUGAAGAAGUGGGACUUGUCAGAGCAUUAAAAUCCAAGCUUGUGCACCGAGCAGCAGCAUCUUAGUGAUUCUUUGCACAAGUGGCCUUCAGAUGGGCCUUUAGUGAGAAACAGAAGAAUGCAAGUAACAUUUCUUUUCUGGAAGGUGUCUGCUUUUUUUAUUGGAAAAAGAUCCU